AUGGUGAUGGUGAUGGCAGCUCAAGAACAACAAAAACAUGGUGGAUGCACCACCACCACAAGAUCUGGAUCGAGCGGGCCAAACGUCAGUGAACAUGAUAGUGUUGUUGUGAAUGUGGUGGGCAAGUGUGAUGGCAGCGGCAGCGGCGGGGCCGGCUGGAGCUCAAAGGUUGCGUUUCUGGGACAGAUCGGUCUAGCGAGUUCGUGUAUGCACCAAGGACACUUGGACAUCAAGGAGGAGGAGGAGGAGGAGGGAGCCGGCCCCGAACAUGCCAUCUUGGGGCGGAUGUACGGGUUUCGUCUCUUCCUCCUCGAUCGAGCCCGACAAGAGGCGCAAGUGGCUUUGGCCUUGCACCAGACACAACAAACUCCUCUGAAUACCUCACAGAGUGAUCCCGAGUCGAUGCAUGAGCCAACGCGGCAUGCCGCAUUCUCGCAAUUCCGAGAAGCACAGCAAACACCAGAGGCGGACCAGGAACAGGGUUCGGGCAGCCCGCAGGUGGAGCGUCAGACGUCCAGCGAACAGACGUCCAGUGAACAGCCGCCAGCGCAAUUGCAGCGUUCAUUGAGCCCACCGCAAGCGUUAUCACGCACAAGGCCCGUGGUGCCAACUGCUCCACUCUCUCCACCCACACAGUCUCGUGAUGUCAACACAGCGGGCGCCCACGCUCCACAUCAAGCAAAAAGUGUGUUCAGCCUCAGCUAUCUCUUUCAAAACGCAGAACACCACGCCAUGCCUUCAAAGCCAGGCCUGCCCGUGCCACUCACUUGCUUGACGUCACAUGCCGAGUUUGCGGCGUACCUCGACCGAGCACCCACCCUUCGUCACCUCGUGACCCAAUGGUCGCCUCCAAAUGACGCAGAGACAGCUCAAGUCCUGGACUCGCGCGCCUUGGAAGAGCCUGCACCGACCAUGCACACGCUUCAGCGCCAUGCUUCCGCCCCUACACCAACCAACCCUCCACAUGAUGAGAACUCAACCACUCGCAUUGGCCUUCCGCCACCUCUCUAUGCCUCCUCGCGGAUGUGCCCCCGGCCACCGACGUGCACGCACCGGAUCCCCUGCCACUCGAGCACGCCACCGAUCGGCCUGCCCUCGGCCCACAAGCUAACACGCACGUUCAGAGCCAGACAUCAAGUGUUGCCCCGUCAACUCAAGAGCUGUACAAGCCGGCUUCGCAUGCCUCGCAACAUCAUCAAGUGGCUGCCUUGCGCCACCAUCUGCACAGAGGCCAUCUUGCACAUGCGCAAGGCUCUGUCCAUGUUGUAUCGCGCAGUCAAGCUUCGCAGGGCUCAAGAAGCCGCCCUCCGUCGUGCCGUACAACUGGCACCGAAUGAUACGAUAUUCCUCUCAUCUGUCAUGAUCCCGGGCCUGCUAGACUUGUGCCUGUCGGUAUUGCCCUUUGAUGCGGAGGAGUACUAUGCAGACCUACUCUUCGUCACCCAGCAGCUUACCCGUCGACGAUUUUUCGCGCAAGCGUUGCCCUUGGUUCUGAAAUUACGAGCCCACGCCACCAGUGAUCGAGCCAUCGUCUGGGUUGAGCAUGUCAAAUGUCUCUGCGCUUUGGGGCUUCGGAGCGAAACCGCCAAGAGCCUCUUGCAGGCAGCACAACAGAACUGGAAGCUCAGCGCCGAGAAGCUAAGCGCAAACAGCGGCGCUUGGCACGCGAUCGACAACGCAAACGGGCCAAGUUGUGGACGUAUCCACCUCAAACAAGGGAAUUCACCCUGCUUCCGGCUCCGCUGCAGCAGCAACUACGGGUAUGAACUGCACUCAAGCGUGCCCGGCAAGCUGGUCCAACAACAUUGGAAAGCUGGACGCAAGGAUGAAGUCGUGGCAGUGGGGUUGCCCAUGUGCAAAUACUACGUGAAGCAUGUUAUGAUGGGGUUGAGUUCAACACUCAAUGGCUUUGCUCUCUUCACGCCGCUCAUUGACUCAGAUUUAGUCUGGCCGGUUCAUCUAGUUUUUCGUACCGUCGAAGCUCUGCUCGAAUUGGAGCGGGGGCUUGAGGGAGCAGCUAUUUUGAUGCGACUUUUAACCGCAAUGGGCCCGGAGCAGACCGUGGCUGUCCGAGCUCGCUUUCUGUACAUCAUCGCACUGGCACAGAGUGGGCGCAUAUCACUGGCCUUGCGCGAGUCCAUGGCGCUUCUCAACCAGCACCACGAUUUGCCACGCCUCUGGACCAUGCACAUGGGUCUCUUGCACUCGGCCAUCGGUCCCGUGGGCACAGCACUGCCUGCGUACGAACGUGCUCGAGAAGCCGCCUCGGAGGUGGCGACUCGACUGCCAGCAUUAGACAAAAAGAUGCUGGACGGGACCGCUGUGGACACCCUACGCGUAACGGCCAGCUACGACCAUCCAUGUGAUGCGCUGUUUGUACGGGAUCGAAGCUUGUGCCGUCAAGUCGCCAAGAUGACCGAUGCGACAACCCCAGCCCCGGCAGAUUUGACACAGCUGCGCGGGGAAGUUACCUUCAACAUGGCACGAACACUUGCAAAUGCGGAUGCCGUGCCACAGGCUCGGCAAGUGGUGCGCAAUGAGAUUGUGUGGUAG